AUGCUGACCCGCCUGUUCAGCGAGCCCGGCCUCCUCUCGGACGUGCCCAAGUUCGCCAGCUGGGGCGACGGCGACGACGACGAGCCGAGAAGCGACAAGGGCGACGCGCCACCGCAGCCUCCGCCUGCUCCCGGGUCGGGGGCUCCAGGACCCGCCCGGGCCGCCAAGCCAGUAUCCCUUCGUGGAGAAGACGUCCCCGAAGCCACGUUGGCAGAGGUCAAGGAGGAAGGCGAGCUGGGUGGUGAGGAGGAGGAGGAAGAGGAGGAAGAGGAAGGGCUGGACGAGGCUGAAGGCGAGCGGCCCAAGAAGCGCGGGCCGAAGAAACGCAAGAUGACCAAGGCGCGUCUGGAGCGCUCCAAGCUGCGGCGACAGAAGGCCAACGCGCGGGAGCGCAACCGCAUGCACGACCUGAACGCAGCGCUGGACAACCUGCGCAAGGUGGUGCCCUGCUACUCCAAGACGCAGAAGCUGUCCAAGAUCGAGACGCUGCGCCUGGCCAAGAACUACAUCUGGGCUCUUUCGGAGAUCUUGCGCUCCGGAAAGCGACCGGAUCUGGUGUCCUAUGUGCAGACUCUGUGCAAGGGGCUGUCGCAACCCACCACAAAUCUGGUGGCUGGCUGCCUGCAGCUCAACUCUCGUAACUUCCUCACAGAGCAGGGCGCGGACGGCGCCGGCCGCUUUCACGGCUCGGGUGGUCCGUUCGCCAUGCACCCGUACCCAUAUCCGUGCUCUCGCCUGGCUGGAGCACAGUGCCAGGCGGCUGGCGGCCUGGGCGGAGGCGCAGCGCACGCCCUGCGGACCCACGGCUACUGCGCCGCCUACGAGACGCUGUACGCGGCGGCAGGUGGCGGCGGUGCCAGCCCGGACUACAACAGCUCCGAGUACGAGGGUCCGCUCAGUCCCCCGCUCUGUCUCAACGGCAACUUCUCCCUCAAGCAGGACUCGUCUCCCGAUCACGAGAAGAGCUACCACUACUCUAUGCACUACUCGGCGCUGCCCGGCUCGCGGCCCGCGGGCCACGGGCUGGUCUUUGGCUCGUCGGCCGUGCGCGGGGGCGUCCACUCCGAGAAUCUCUUGUCUUACGAUAUGCACCUUCACCACGACCGGGGCCCCAUGUACGAGGAGCUCAACGCGUUUUUCCAUAACUGA